UAAAUUGGACAUAGAACUGCCAUCUCUAGCUAAGCUAGCUACAUUAUAUUGCUAAGCUAUUAUUACAUGCGGCGUGGCCGCCCCUCGAUCUUCAAUUCUCUUCUGACUUACAUUAUUAGAUUACUAAUAACGCAUCAAUCAUCAUCUAUCGGAUAUGGGAAGAACACCUUGCUGUGAGAAGGUAGGUCUGAAGAGGGGGAGAUGGACGGCCGAGGAAGAUCGGAUCCUCACCGACUACAUUCACGCCAAUGGAGAAGGCUCCUGGAGAUCGCUGCCGAAGAAUGCCGGUUUGUUGAGAUGCGGAAAGAGUUGUCGGCUACGAUGGAUCAAUUAUCUGAGAUCCGAUUUGAAGAGAGGCAAGUUCUCUCCCCAAGAGGAGGAAAUCAUCAUCAAAUCGCAUGCAAUUCUGGGUAACAGAUGGUCCCUGAUUGCAGCACAGCUGCCAGGUAGAACAGACAAUGAGAUAAAAAAUUACUGGAACUCGCACUUAAGCAGAAAAUUCUAUAGCUUUAGGAGAGCAGGAAGUGAGAAGACUAUAGAGAAUUUGGAGACGGACUUGGCCAAGGCGGCAGAGCAGACGAAACGGAGACGUGGAAAAGUAAGCCGAUCAGCAAUGAAGAAGAACAAAACCACCGACUAUAAGCACUACUCCAAUAUUAACCAUGCUCCUGAAUUACCCUACUUCCAGAGACACAAGGAUACUAUCCCUAGUCUCUAUACUGAGCCAGUUAAUAACAAUGUUGCUGCAUCUGCAGUACAAAUCCCAUCCUCCCUGCCAAUAUUGAUGGAGAAAGAGGAUAUUGAUACCUCGAGCUUCUUGUGUAUGGUGGGAUCAGAGUAUUUUAGCUUGGAUGACAUAAUGCCAAUAUUGGUGGAAGAUAUGGAUCCUACAAGGACAAUUUUGAGCACAUCAUUAAACGGGAGCCUAGAAAACAGUGUGAAAGAGUUUGGGCUGCAGGUAGAGCAGCCCCAACAUGAUUUGGCAAAAAGUGGUAAUAGCAGUAUUUACAAUUACAGCGGGUUGAUACCCAGUGAUCAUCAUCAUCAAUUUGGGGGUGGGGAGAACAGCGAAAGCACUGCGACAUCAUCGUCAUUUCCGGUUGAACAUCAUUGUAGCUUGGCCCAAAAUAUUAUUGAUUGGGAUGACUGGCAGUACUACUGGGACGACGACAGCGGAAACAACCUCUACAACACCCAUAAUCUAAUGCCGCAACAGAAUAAAGAUGAUGUAAUGUUAUCAUCGCCGUGGCCCUGGGACGACACUUUUUAUAUAUGACAUUGUGGUUAAUAAUAAUGCUGGGAAUAUGGUAGGGUAUACGUAAUGUAAAGUUGUAUAGCUGUUUUUAUUCUUUAGAUCAUUCUCCAGGCUAGGAAUGCAGGAAGUGGUCAAGUAUGUUAGUGAUUUGAUAACAUUACUGUUAUCUUUCAUAAAAAAUAUUUCAUGUUCUAAUCCUAUAGCGAUUAAGAUUAUAGCA